GAGUAGGGGGCACUUCCGCUCCCGGGGGGUGAGGUUGCUGCAGUGCAUUUCGGUGGUAGUUUUGUGUCAGUUGUGUGUCUUGUCGGUCCUUCUCAACAUGUCCCCUUACGAUGCGGGCUCGCAACCACCUGGAAGUUGACUAAGAGGAGAAGGAGCCUCGUUGGAAAACGGAGGUUUGAAGGCACAAUUCUGUCUUCCCUUGAACUGCAUAACUGAGAACUCUGCAAAUUCCCCAGAGGAGGAAAAAUGACCAUGUUCAAGGAGGCAGUAACCUUUAAGGAUGUAGCUGUGGUGUUCACUGAGGAGGAGCUGGGGCUGCUGGACCCUGCCCAGAAGAAGCUGUAUCGAGAUGUGAUGCUGGAGAACUUCAGGAACCUGCUCUCAGUGGGGCAUCAACUUUCCUACCAAGAUACUUUUCACUUCCAAAGAGAAGAAAAGUUUUGGAUCAUGGAGACAGCAACUCAAAAAGAAGGGAAUUCAGGAGGCAAGAUCCAAACUGAGUUGGAGUCUGUUCCAGAAACAGGACCACAUGAAGAGUGGUCUUGCCAGCAAGUCUGGGAACAAACUGCAAGUGAGUUAACUAGGCCUCAAGACUCCAUGAUAAGUAGCUCUCAGUUCUCCACACAAGGUGACGUCCCCUCCCAGGUUGACGCAGGACUAUCUAUAAUUCACAUAGGACAGACACCUUCCGAGGAUGGGAAGUGUAAAAAAUUCUUCAGUGAUGUCUCCAUCCUUGAUCUUCAUCAACAAUUGCACUCAGGAAAGAUGUCCCAUACAUGUAAUGAGUACAGGAAGAGCUUCUGUUACAGCUCAGCUCUUCAUCAGAAAGUUCACAUGGGAAAGAAACUCUAUAAGUGUGAUGUGUGUAGUAAGGAAUUUAGUCAGAACUCACAACUGCAAACUCAUCAGAGAAUCCACACUGGAGAGAAACCAUUCAAAUGUGAGCAGUGUGGGAAAAGUUUCAGCCGUAGAUCAGGAAUGUAUGUUCAUUGCAAAUUACACACAGGAGAAAAACCUCAUAUUUGUGAGGAAUGUGGGAAGGCCUUCAUUCACAAUUCCCAGCUUCGGGAACAUCAAAGAAUCCAUACUGGGGAGAAGCCAUUCAAAUGUUAUAUAUGUGGUAAGAGCUUCCAUAGUAGAUCAAAUCUUAAUAGGCAUUCCAUGGUCCACAUGCAAGAGAAAUCAUUCAGAUGUGAUACCUGCAGUAAUAGCUUUGGUCAGAGAUCAGCACUUAAUGGUCAUUGCAGGGACCACACAGGAGAGAAGCUAUACAAAUGUGAAGAAUGUGGAAGGAGCUUCACUUGUAGGCAAGAUCUCUGUAAGCAUCAGAUGGACCAUACAGGAGACAAACCAUAUAACUGUAACAUAUGUGGGAAGAGCUUCAGGUGGUCCUCACGUCUUUCGAGACAUCAGCGGAUCCACAGUGGAGAAGCAACAUUCAAGUGCGAUGGAUGUGGGAAGAGAUUUCAUAUGAAUUCACGGGGCCAUUCUCAUCAGACAGCCCACAGAGGAGAAAAACUGUAUAAAUGUCAGAAGUGUGGGAAGGGCUACAUUAGUAAGUUUAAUCUUGACUCGCACCAGAGGGUCCACACGGGAGAGAGACCUUAUAAUUGUAAGGAAUGUGGAAAGAGCUUCAGGUGGGCCUCAGGUAUUUUGAGACAUAAGAGACUCCAUACUGGAGAAAAACCAUUCAAAUGUGAAGAGUGUGGGAAGAGGUUUACUGAGAAUUCAAAACUUCGUUUCCAUCAAAGAAUUCACACUGGAGAAAAGCCUUACAAAUGUGAGGAGUGUGGAAAGGGCUUCAGAUGGGCCUCAACUCAUCUAACCCAUCAGAGACUCCACAGUAGAGAAAAAGUACUUCAAUGUGAGGACUGUGGGAAGAGUAUUGUGCACAGUUCAUGCCUUCAAGACCAACAAAGAGACCACAGUGGAGAAAAAACAUCUAAAUGUGAGGACUGUGGGAAGCGCUACAAGAGGCGCUUGAAUCUCGAUAUGAUUUUAUCAUUAUUUUUAAAUGACAUAUAAUUAUUGUCCAUAUUUAUGGGUUACAGCAUGAUAUUUCAAUACAUGUAUACAAUUUAUCAUUUCUUUGUGUUUUGAACCUUCAAAAACUGUUCUAGUUAUUUGAAAAUAAAUUAUUAUUAAUUAUAGUCACCUUUAGUGCUGUGGAGCACUAGAACUUGUUCCUUUCA